UUACCUUCAGUGACCAUAUUUCAUUGAAUGUAAACCUUUCAUUGUCUGGGAUUAAGAAAAAAACAUUUCUUAACAGAGCAAAGGUGGGGAAAGCUGAAAAGGAAAGAUAACAAGGAGAAUUUACAAACGUUGGCCAAACAACCCAAGCUGUUUUAUUCCCCGUUCAUUCUUCUUCGCUCUCAUCCCUCUGUCUGACCGGGUGCAGGUGGUUCACAGAGGAGGCUGUUAAUGGCUGAGGAGCUGUGCACUGGCUGGUUUCGUAUCAUUGCAGGCUCUUUGGAGAUAGAGGAAUGCAAAUCUGCAACCAUGAUGGAAGGAUUGAAAAAACGUACAAGGAAGGCCUUCGGGAUACGGAAGAAAGAGAAGGACAAUGACUCCACAGGGUCCCCAGACAGAGACGGGGGUUCUCAGAAGAAGACGAAUGGGGCCCCUAAUGGCUUCUAUGGAGAUAUUGACUGGGAAAGAUAUAAUUCUCCUGAAGUUGAUGAUGAAGGCUACAGCAUCAGACCCGAUGAUGGGUCAGAGGAAGGAGAACCCUCCACUACCAAGGCCCACUUCUUCUCUUCUGAUGAGUCUGAAGAAGAGGAGGACCGCAGAAAGAAAUUUAAAAUCAAGAUUAAACCGCUGCCGGCUGAUCGUGUUGUGGCAGCACCCUCAGUGGAUGAGCUCAAAGCCUCCAUAGGCAGCAUAUCUCUAUCCCCGUCUCCUAUGAGGAGUCCGAGACGUAGCCCGGGUUUGAAAAGGAACACAUCCGCUGAAGAGAUAGCCAGACCAAGGCGUGCCGUUCCUGCAGUUCCCUCUGUAGCUCCAACACUACAACCAGCACCACAACCCCCCAGCAGUCAACAAACCCCAGUCCCUGAAGACACCACAGCCUUAUUUGGGCCUCCUUUGGAAACAGCCUUCGGAGAGCAGAAAACUGAAGUGGCUCUUUCUGAGUCUGAUGUGUGGGGAACUCCUCUCUCAGAACCUGAAUCCACUUUGACAAGAUCCUUCCCCACAGGAACUCCUCCUCCACUUCCACCCAAGAAUGUCCCAUCGUCUCCCCCAACAGCUGGAUCUCCCACAGCAGAAAAUGCUGCUCCAGCAGAAACAGACGAUUCAGCCAGGAAACCUUCAAUAGCUGAUUUGGACAACAUUUUUGGACCAGAGCAGGCUGCCAUUGAAGACAAGGAUACAAGUGACACAUGGGUCUGCUUCAGUGAAAAGUCUCCUAAUGGACCUCCUUUACCAAAGAACUCCACACCCCCCCUAACUUCCUCACCACCUCCACCAGAAGAACCAGCACCUCCUCCACCACCCUCUCCACCUCCACCUGAAUCUCCUGCUCCUCCCCUACCUACAUCACCACCCCCUCUAGAAGACCUACUGCCACCUCUCCCUACCUCCCCUCCCCCAAAAGAAGACCCUGCUCCCCCUCUACCAACCUCUCCACCUCCCUCAGAGGAGCCCACUGCCCCACCUACUCGUUCAGGGCCUCCCACACCAGAGGACCAAAAUCCUCAGAUACUGACAACCUUUCCACCCCCUGCACCAAAGGAGCUUGCAUCACCUCCAGCUUCCUCCCCUCCUCCUCUGAGCUCACCUGACAGUGUCCUACCAGUCUCUGCUCCCAAAGUAGGCACCCCUCCUGCAGUGACUCCUCCCUCUAUUGAACCUGAAGCAGUCUCUGUCCCACCACCCCUUGUCCUCUCUCAAGAGGAGCCGCCUAAGAGCACAGACGCUCCUCAUUCCAAAGAGGAUGUAGGUGAAAAAGUCACCUCUCCCAAAGAUGCUAGCCAGGGGAGUCGGAGUACACCUCCACCCCCUCCUCCACCAACAUACCGCACAGUGGUUUCUUCACCAGGACCUACAUCUGGGGCUAGUGGAACAAAUAGUGGUUCUUCUUCACCUGUACGGCCUGCAACUCCUUCAUCAGUCAACCCAGCUCCUCCUCCACCUCCGCCUCGUCCUCCUUCACGACCCAAACUUCCUCCUGGAAAACCCACUGUAGGAGAUGCGAAUCGGCCCUUCAGCCCGCCGAUCCACUCUGCAAGCCCUCCCCCUAUUGCUCCCUUGGCGCGGGCCGAGAGCACCUCCUCUAUCUCCUCCACCAACUCCCUGAGUGCCGCCACCACACCCACCGUCAACAAGGAGCUCUGCGUCUCUGUGUCAGAGAAUGACCAGCCAUCCCUUGUAUGGUUUGACAGAGGGAAGUUUUAUUUAACCUUUGAAGGCUGCUCCAGAGGACCAAGUCCUCUUACAAUGGGUGCUCAGGACACUCUUCCUGUGGCCGCUGCCUUCACAGAGACAGUUAAUGCCUUCUUUAAAGGAGCAGACCCAAGCAAGUGUGUUGUGAAGAUCAUAGGUGAGAUGGUUUUGUCGUUUCCGGCGGGAAUCACACGGCACUUUGCCAAUAACCCGUCCCCUGCUGUGCUAACCUUCAGCAUAACCAACUACAGCCGACUGGAGCAUGUGCUGCCUAACCCCCAGUUGCUCUGCUGUGACACCACCACACAAGCCAAGGCCAAUGCCAAGGACUUCUGGGUGAACAUGCCAAACCUGAUAUCUCAUCUAAAAAAGGUGUCAGAGCAAAAGCCACAGGCAACAUACUACAAUGUGGACAUGCUCAAGUAUCAGGUAUCAACGCAAGGCCUCCAGUUGACUCCUCUGAACUUGGCGGUGAGUUGGAGAUGUGAGCCCACCAGCACUGACCUGAGAAUAGACUACAAAUACAACGGGGAGGCCAUGUCAACGCCGAUGGCCCUCAACAAUGUCCAGUUCCUCGUCCCUGUCGAUGGAGGCGUUUCAAAGCUACAGGCUGUCUUACCUCCUGCUGCAUGGAAUGCAGAGCAGCAAAGAAUCCUGUGGAAGAUCCCUGAUAUCUCCCAAAAAUCUGAAAAUGGAGGGGUGGGAUCAUUGCUAGCGCGUUUCCAGCUAACAGAGGGUCCCAGUAAGCCUGCUCCACUGGCAGUGCAGUUCACCAGUGAGGGCAGCACGCUGUCAGGCUGUGACAUUGAACUGGCUGGACCAGGGUAUCGCUUCUCUCUCGUCAAGAAGAGGUUUGCUGCAGGAAAAUACCUGGCUGACAACUGACCCACACAACUGAAAGCCCCGCUGUUUAACAAAACAACUACAGUGGACUGGAGCUAGCACCAAGACCAGAGGAAAUACCCUCCCCUUGACACCAGACUCGCUCCAACCUUUUCUGAUCCCACAUGACAGGUCCGCAGCCUACCCAGCAGUAUUGUAUAACUUGCAUUUAGCAUUGUGGAACUGUUUUAGGUCAUGUAAUUAUUGUAUUUGUAUUCAUCUCAUAACAUCCGUGUUGCUGCAGUUAGACAUCUGGAUUCUUCCCCUUCUCUAAAGUCUGUGCCUCUGUCUCCAUCUUCCUCUGGUCAAUGUGUGGUGGUGUUAUAAAAAGUUUCACUGCAGCUGCCUGACUGAAGACACUGAAAAUUACCCUGAGUGACAUGGUGGUUAUUGUUUUCUGUCCUUAAAAAAUAUUAUUAAAUAAGAUCUUUGUGCUCAGACAUGCAUCUCAGCUUCUGACACAUCCAAAAUUAGACUAGGCAGAAUUGAAGUGGGCUCAAGAACGGUUCAUAGUAAGUUACGAUUAAAGCCUGAGACACCUGUGCUUACUGUUUUAUAGGACAUAAACCGUUGUCAAAUGAUCUGUGUUGGUGCUUUUGUGUGGUCAGAUGAAACGCAGAAUCAAGUAAGUCUGGUACAACAGGGUCACAUGACUUUAGAUCAUCCUUUUUAAUAUUAAUGUAAGUUUAUUUCCCUGAACACACACUGAGGUUUUUAGCAUGUUAGGCAGCUGCAAUGAUGAGUCAGUUCACUGGUUGCAAAAUUAUAAAAAAAAAAAAAAAAGAAAAGAAAAACAAAAACACGUCCUCUCGUCAGAACAAAAGAGGUGUAUAAAGUGUCAUUUUAAAUCACUAAUAUAUAUCUUAAAGGGCGUUUGGUGUUUUCCUCGUAUUGUUGAAUAGCCUUUCUGUUGUUACAGGGCAGCAGUGUUAGACUCCAAAAUACAUGACAGCAUUCUAUUUUUAUUUAUUGAUUUGUUGUAUAAAAAUGUGAUUCUGUAUAUGAAUAGAAUUUGAAUGGUAUCACACAACUCAGAACCCUUAAAGGUAUAAAUAUUUGAAUUUUCUCUCUUUUUUGUUAUCUGUGUAGUUGGGUAACCUGUGUACAGUAUGAGGUAUAAUUUUUGAAUUUAUUUCAGAUAUAAUUUUUUAACUCAAGCGCAACAGAGGAUUUGAGCUAUAUAUGGGCAGGGGAGGGUUAUUUAAAGAAAAAGAUAAAUAUCUUUCUGUAUGCUGUGCUAUGCUUUGUGAAAGCAGUUAUUAUAGACUUAGUUAUACCAUGGGCAAUGUCCACACUUUAAACUUGCUGUGUGUAUGUGUUUUGUUUUUGAAAGCUCAAUCUAAACAGCUAGCCCCUUGUUCCUCCAGCGCUCCACGUCCUUCAGCUUUUUCUCCAGAGUGUCUCAUUCUCAAAUCCAAGACCCCAAAUUCACUGUCUUAUAGAUGGCAAUGGUAGUUUGUGAGCUUGUCUUAGUAGAACCAGAAUAAGUUCAGUUUCUAUCCAAACUAGUGGUGAUGGGGUCCGUCACUGGGAUGAAAGACUUACUGGAGAGCAGCAGAAUGACAUCAUGGACUGUCACCAUAGUGGCCACACAGAACAUAAUGAACUGGAACUAGCUUGUUAGUGGCAAUUGAAAUUUCAAAAAUGAAAUGCUUACAUUUACACCUUGAAAGAAUUAGUUUGACAUUUUGGGAGAUACAAUGAUGAAAUUAUCAAUUUAUUUUCUUGUAGCUAUCUGGAAAUUGUUUACUUACUUAGCAUAAAGAAUGACUUCUUGACUGCAAAUUCUCUUUUUGUUCUGCACGGAUAAGAGGUUGUAGUUUUAGUUUUAUCAUCUACCUCUACAGGAUGAAUAGUUGCCACUUUGGCUAAUUCUUUUCAGCUUCUGUUGCACAACCAUUAGGUUGAAGUUAUAAUUUGUCCUCCACUUUUUAAAACUAACAACAUACCCUUUAACUUUAACCUCAGAUGUUAUCUGUGUUGCUCCUUAUCUAAUUAAAUUUAGCCUGCUGACACGUUUAAGUCUGAUGGGUAACAUGGUAAACGCUCCUGCUAAUAAUUUGUGUGUUAGCAUAGGUAUUAGCACAUUGUAGAAAGCAUUUAGCUUAAUGUGCCACCUUCCUAAAGUACAGGAACUACUCUUAUGCCUUGUUUCUUUUAGACAAAGCAAAGAUAGCCGUUUCCCUCUGAUAACAGUCUUAAUGCUAAGCUAAGCUAAUGGGGCAGCUUGCUUAUCUUCAUGUUUAACUGACUGAAUUAUGUCAAGAAAGCAAAUGUGUGCUGUACUUUCCCAAAAUGUCAAACUAUCCUUUCAAAUGUGACAGUUAAAGACAAAAAAAAUUGUU